UUCCAUGAUAACCUAGAAUCUAGUUUCUUCCAACACAAAAACAAAAAGACCUAUCUAUCCCCACGUAUAUCCAGAAUCUUCUAGACCACGCAGGAAGAUGCUUCUUUCCCUUUGCACCCUGUACAAUGAGAAAGAAGAAACACUUCAAGGUUUAAGUAACACCCACUUGCUUGUUCAAUUUCCCAGCCCCAAAUUCUAAUUCUUCAACCACAACAGAAACUGCAUCAAAAUUUCAAAAUGUUUGGAGUAGUUUUCCCAAAUCGAAGCUUCCCAAUCGACAUCUCAACCUUCGCUCAAAUCGACACCUUCCACUGGAUCCUCGACAUGAACCAUUUCGUAGGUGAGGCGUACGACCAGGUCACCGAAGUCUGCAUCUUCCUCCUCAACGGCUUCACGCUGCCACCGGAGAAAGCCCUCGCCGUCUACGUCCAGUCACCAGGCUCCCCCUUCGUCUUCUGCGGCGCCGUCACGCUCGCCCGCCCCUCCGCGGUGCUCACCCUCCCGUGGCCGGAGCCCGGCGCGGGGUCCGGCCAACCUCCGCAGCUGACCGCCGACGCGCAGCCGCUGUCAGCGAAGAUCGGGGUGUCGGUGGAGGAUCUUGCAACGCUGCCGUCGCUUGACGUCGCCGGGGAGAAGCGGAUCGAGCGGUUGGCGAUGAAGGUGGGUGAGAAUUUGUUCAACUUCAUGCAAUCGUUCUGCGGCGUUGAUGGGUCGAAGUUGAUUGUUCCGAUGGAUAUCUUGGAUCGGUGGUUCAUCAAGUUUCAAGAGAGGGCCAAGCGUGACCCUGAGUACUUGAAGGGUUUCGCUUUGUAAGUUAAAGUUUUCAUGUUUUUCUUCUUCCCCUUUUGAAUUAGAUUUUGGAAACUUUUUUUUCAAUGUUGAGAAAUGAAUUGAUAGUGAAUAGAAAAAAAUGGGUCCUCUUUGUGUUGUGAUUCUAAUAUGGAUGUGUGUUUUGUGGAAAAAUUGCAUUUCAAUUUAUGUUCAUGAUGUGGUGUUCUGACUGAAAGUAACAAUGAGGGAAGAGAUGGUGGAUAGUUUAGAACAUGGUGAUGGUUCAUUCUACUUCUUCAUGUAUAUUUGGAUACAAUUGAGUGCAGUGUGAAGAAGAGAUUCAUCUCUAUUAGCUUUUGUUUGUACUAGUGUCAACUAUUAUCCAAACAUAGUUAUUUUUUUUUUCUUUUGCAAGAUUUGAAUUUGAAGUGUGUGUGUGUGGUGUUUUUGUGAUAGUAAAUGUUACUAGAGAGGUAGACACUGAUAACAUGAGCUUUGUUGCUGAAAGUUGGUCAUGAAAGUUAUUGUUUCGAACUUCAGGACAGGGAAAUGUGAUCCAUAUUUGAAGAUUCUAAUAAUAAUUUUUAUGUUGUUGGUGGUGGGUGAUUGCUGUCUUGGCGCGCUCCCCCGGAUGGGUGGGUGGCCCUCAACGUGGAUGGAUCGUCACUUGGUAAUCCGGGGCCGGCUGGAGCCGGUGGUGUUGUUCGUGAUACAGCGGGAAGGUGGUGCGUGGGGUUCUCAGCCUUUGUAGGGGUCUCAGAGAUCCUGAAGGCUGAGUUGUUGGCCAUUCCUUAUGGGCUUCACCUUUGUUGGGAGCGUGGGUUCCGUCGGAUUGUGGUCUUCUCUGACUCGCAACAUGCCUUAUUGCUCUUGGAGCAUGGGUGCGGGAGGUUUCAUGCUUAUGCAGCUGUUUUGGGGUUGAUUCAUGAGCUGGUGAGUAAGGAUUGGGUUGUGAGGUUUGAGCACAUCCGUCUUGAGGGCAACGCAGUUGCGGAUCUUUUGGCUAAGGAUGGUGCUCGCGGGUCUUGUCGGAUGCGUUGUUUGGAUUCUCCUCCGGCAGAAGCGGCUCCUCUGCUUGCGGCUGUGGCACUCUCUUUAUGAGGCGCUAGUGUGUGGUCCUUUUUUGCUUUUCUUUAAGCUGUUAUGUACCCAAAAAAAAAUAUAGUUAAUACUUGUUGUGUAUGGUACUAGAUCAUGUUUUAGCUUUUAAAACAAGAAUUCUACUUUUAA